AUGAAAUAUAGAGAAAUGAGGUCUGCUUCAAGAAACUGGAUGAUGGCCAGAUGGCCAAUAAUUUACAAGGAGCCAAUCGAAUCGCGGCUGCGCAGUUCCCUAGCUAAGAAUGGACGGCAUCAUCCAAAUGCUUCCCGAGCCCUUGAGAAGAUUCUCAACUCAUCUCGACUUUCCUGGGCAAAAAGCAGCAGAGCGAACGUUCCAGAGAGUUCCACGCCAUCCGAGGAGGAUUCUGGAGCUCUGGAAGUUGUUGAAGGAAGUGACUCGGGCCACAUGAGCACUAUCAAUAUUCCUGAUGUCUUUCCUAUAGUUCCACUUCUAGCCAUAAAUCGUUAUCCGUUAUUUCCAGGAUUCAUCAAAAAAGUAGAUAUUGUGAAGGAUGAUGGACUGAAGCAAGUCAUACGCAAUCGAAUCGCACUCAAACAGCCAUAUGUGGGAGUUUUCGUCAAGCAAGAUGAUGAAAACAAGGAAGAAAUUAUUACAUCACUGUCGCAUGUGUACAAUGUUGGCUGUUUCGCCCAGAUUAUCGAAAUGCGUGAUCAUGGCAAGGUUAUGGAACUAGUUCUGAAUGCACAUAGAAGAAUAAGACUUUUGGAAGCCGUAGAUGAAGCCGCCACUGAGGAACCACACAAAAAUCUCAAUGGUCGAAGAGCAGGAAUACGGAAAAAACAGGCUGCUCAGAAACCACCACCGCUUCCUCCGCAGGAAAAAUCUUCCAUUCUGUUAGUGCGUACAGAAAAUGUAAUCGCAGAGCCAGCGGAAAGAAAUAACGAAACGAAAGCAAAAAUGCAAGCAAUCGUUCAGACAAUUCGGGAUGUCAUCCAGUACAGUGCUCUCUUUGGCCAGCAGAUCAAUCUUCUUUUGCAUCCUUCUCAAAAUGUCAUAGAGAAUCCAGUUUAUCUAUGCGACCUAGUUGCUACUUUAGUGCAGUCGGCCGACACGAAAGAACUUCAGGAAAUGAUGGAGGAAAUCAGUAUAUCAAGGCGGCUUGACCACGCACUUGUGCUAAUCCAAAAGGAGAAGACUGUGGCUAAACUGAAGUAUGACAUCAACAAAGAUGUCGAGAAAAAGGUCCAAGAUCAGCACAGGAAAUAUUUGCUCAACGAGCAGCUCAAAGUGAUCAAGAAAGAGUUGGGGCUGGAAAAAGAUGACAAGUCAGCGAUAAUUGAAAAGAUGGAAGAGCGAUUGAAGGAGUUGAAGGUCCCAGAGUAUGCCAUGAAGGCAAGCGAAGAAGAGCAGCAAAAACUGCAGUUUCUUGAUCCACAUUCCAGCGAAUUCAGUGUGACAAGAAACUACCUCGAUUGGCUAACCAACAUUCCAUGGGGUUUGACUUCGGAAGAGAAUUACGACUUACAAAAGGCGAAACUUGCGCUCGAUCAAGGGCAUUAUGGCAUGAAGGACGUCAAAGAUCGAAUUUUAGAGUUUAUUGCUGUGAAUAUGCUGAAAAAACAUGUUGGUGGAAAAAUUCUUUGCUUGCACGGUCCACCAGGUACGGGAAAGACGAGUAUAGCCAGGUCUAUUGCGUCCGCACUAAAUCGUGAGUACUUCCGAUUUUCUGUUGGAGGAAUGACUGACGUUGCCGAGAUCAAAGGUCAUCGAAGAACAUAUGUUGGUGCUAUGCCGGGAAAGAUGAUACAGUGUUUGAAAAAGGUCCACACAGAAAAUCCCCUUGUGUUAAUUGAUGAAGUGGAUAAGAUCGGCAGCGCUGGCUAUCAUGGUGACCCUGCAAGUGCUCUUCUCGAACUACUAGAUCCUGAGCAGAAUGCUAACUUCAACGAUCAUUUUCUCGACGUUCCUGUUGACCUCUCUAGGGUAUUAUUUUUGUGCACUGCCAACACUGUGGACACGAUACCGGGACCACUCAAAGAUCGCAUGGAGUUGAUAGAUGUUAGUGGUUAUCUUGCGGAAGAAAAAAUCGAAAUUGCUCAACGAUACUUGAUCCCUCAGGCACGCAAAGAAACGUCGCUUACGGAGGAACAAUUGAUUAUUGAAAAUGAUGCUGUUGAAAGUAUAAUCAAACAUUACUGCCGCGAGUCAGGAGUGCGAAAUCUCCAGAAGCAUAUAGAUAAAAUUUUCCGCAAAGCUGCUUUGCAAAUUGCUGAUCACCCGAAAGAGUCUACGUCAGACACCAUUGUCGUUAACAGCGAAAAUUUGGAAAAGUACGUUGGAAGGCCAAAGUUCACUACUGACCGAAUGUAUGAGACGACUCCACCUGGGGUGGUUAUGGGACUGGCAUGGACGUCCAUGGGCGGUUCUGCAUUGUAUAUCGAAACUGUCUUGAAAAGGCCCGUUGAUUAUGCUUCCGAUAAGGAUGGGAGCUUAGAAACAACUGGCAAUUUGGGAGACGUGAUGAAGGAGAGCGUCAGAGCUGCUUUUACUGUAGCCAAAGGUAUACUGGCAAGGGACGAGCCUGAUAACAAGUUCUUUGACAAAGCUCACAUCCACAUACACGUACCCGAGGGAGCUACUCCUAAAGACGGUCCCUCGGCGGGAGUCACACUCGUGUCCUCGCUCCUCUCUCUUGCACUGGACAAGCCAGUAGUUCAAGACAUGGCUAUGACGGGCGAAAUUUCUUUGACAGGCAAAGUCUUACCCGUUGGUGGCAUAAAAGAAAAAGUCAUAGCGGCUCGCCGGGUUGGAGCAAAACGAAUCUUUUUGCCUACAGAGAAUCGCCGAGAUUACGAUGAUCUGCCCGACUUUAUGAAAGGCGAUCUAGACGUGCGAUUUGUUUCCCACUACGCUGAGCUUUACCAAGAUCUGUUUGCUUGAUAGAUCACUUCUUUCAUGGAUUGGUGAAGCAAAUACGUCAUGAUCUUGUAAGAAAUAGCAUGCCAG